AUGGACAUCCCUGCACUCAUCAAGAUCCGCUUCUACGAACAAGGCCAAUUGGAGGAGAUGAGUGUCGGCUACACCUUCUUCUGGAGCGGUCGUUCCAGGACAGGGCGACGGAGCACGGGCAUUGCCUUUGCCGUUUGGAACGACAGCGUGGGACGACUGCUGUUUGCCGCAGGGUACCAACGAUCGCCAGAUGAGUCUCCGCCGGCCUCUCCAGAGAGGCAAAUUCGCCACCAUCGUCAGUGUCUACGCUCCCCCGAUAACCAACCCUGA